AUGUCCCCGUCGGACUCGGACUAUCUAGACCAGCUUAUUCCGUCGAUUCGAGAGUACAGCUACGGCAACCAAACAUCACAGCUCCUACGAUCGUUGUCCCGCUUCGCUAGCGAUAAGGAACAGGAGAUUGAGAAUAUAUGCAAUACAAACCACCAAGAAUUUGUUACCUCCGUAAAUCAGCUCCUUCAGAUCCGCGAGGGCACUGUCAGCUUGACAUCGGAGAUCCUAGACUUGAACCAAUCCAUUCAAUCCAGCACGGAGAAAUUGGCGGAACAGAAAAAGGCACUGGUGGAGUCACGGAGUCAUCGACAAAACAUCGACGAGAGUUUACGUGCACUGCAAGAUUGUCUUGAAGUCUUGAGAUUAUCAAAUCAAGUCCAUGACUUGCUCGGAAAGAAGAACCACUACGCGGCUCUGCGCGCGCUCGAAGAGUUGCAAAAUGUCCACCUCAAAGAAAUCACACAGUACAAGAUAUCAGAGCUGAUCCAACGGUCAGUUCCCGCAACCCAAAGAGCUAUCGCAGAGGCCGUCAUGUCGGACUUGAAUACCUGGCUAUACAGAAUUCGAGAAAUGUCGCAGUACUUGGGUGAAAUUGCUCUCUAUCACACCAACUUGCGCAAGGAGCGGUUGAAAGAGAGAGCCCAGAACUUGAAGUAUCUGGAGCAAUUCAAACUGAACUCGGCUAUUGAGUUAGUCUCUGAUGAGCAUGAAGAAUACGAUUUGCUUCAGAAUGAAGACCUGCAAGUGGAUUUUACCCCCUUAUUUGAAUGUCUCCACAUUCAUAGAUCAUUGGGCCAAAUGGACAGGUUUAGAGCGGAGUAUGCGACGACCCGACGGCGACAAAAGGAACUUCUGCUCCCCAGUUCUAUCACAUUGAUCGACGCCGAUGGCGCUAGUUUGCAUACUCUUUUGGAAGAAAUGACCGGCUUUGAAAUCGUGGAGAGGUCGACAAUGAAGAAGAUUCCAGAUCUUCGAUCAUCCGUUGAUGUGGAAGAACUGUGGGAAUCAAUGUGUCACACUGCUGCUGGUCUGAUUACAGCAGCGCUUCCUGAAGUAGAUAAUGCGGAGAGCUUGCUGAAGAUCAAGAAUCUCAUUGCACUUUUCAUGCAGGCCAUGGAUACGUGGAAUUUCUCAGUUACAGUGUUCGACAAGCUUCUUCUCACGCUUUUCGGAAGAUAUGCCGAUUUGCUGAAGACCCGGUUUAGUGACGACUUUCAAGAGAUUGUUUCCACUGAUGACUACAUGCCCAUGCCUAUACAAAAUCUAGAAGAGUUCGACAAAGUCAUCAAUGUCAGUUGGUAUACGCCAGAGAAGCCACGCGAAGAACAAACAUUCCCUUGUGUUUUGCCUUUCUCGCAAAUGUAUCCUCUUUGUUGUAUUGACAUCAGGAACUUCCUCAAUCAAUUUUACUUUUUCUCGAAUGACGACUUCCCCCACGCGGAUGUCAUUGACGAGACGCUUCAAAAGGCUUUGGACGACCUUUUAUCAAAUGAGGUUUGCGAAACGCUUGUUGAGCGUUUGAGCUCGCAGUAUCUGGGACAAAUUGUCCAAAUCCUGAUCAAUCUUGAGCAUUUUGAAAUGGCUUGUCAGGAACUUGAAGCUCUUCUUGUUGCUGCUCGUUCACAAUCGUCCACUGCUGGGCCUGUGUCAUUGAAGGCCACUGAAAAAUUCCGCAAUAACAAGAAAGCGGCCGAGAAACGAAUAUUCGAAGUCGUGAACUCCAAAAUCGACGAUCUUAUUGAAACUGCUGAAUACGACUGGACGCCUACAGUCGAGCCAGAAGAACCCAGCAAUUACAUGCAGACAUUGACACGAUUCCUCUCCAAUAUCAUGAACUCAACACUUCUUGGUCUUCCCACUGAAAUUAAAGAACUUAUAUACUUUGACGCACUGAGUCACGCCGCAAAUGAGAUUCUUGCACUCCCCCUUUCUCCGGAAGUUCGCAAAAUCAAUCCAUACGGUGUUACCGCCCUGGCCAAGGAUGUCGAGUAUCUCGCAACCUUUGUCGAUAGUCUCAAUAAUCCUAUCCUCAAAGAGAAUCUGGACGAACUUCAACAGACUGUGAACCUGCUACAGUCAGAUAAUGCAGAUGAAUUCUAUGAUAUCUCCACGCGUAAUAAGAAAUACGGCCGAGUUGAUGCCAUGAACGGACCGAUAUUGCUUGAAAAGCUCACGCGAACCGUUUCAAGUCCCGUCAAGAACGAGAAGUUUGCGACAUUAUCCUCAAGAUUCGGAAUGAAAUAAGUACUUAUCCAGUAACUUAUAUUAUUCGGGUCCAAAUACAUACGAAAUAUGAAGCUUCCUAUCAUAAUACCCUUAAAGCACUCAAACAAGUAUAUCAAUAAUUACAAUUGUGGCCCCAUCGAGACUUUACUACCUACUAGACAUAGUGACAAGAAACGCCCGAUAAUCGAUAAUUGCAUAACACGUUAGGAAGAAACACAAGAAAACAGCCCAUCAGUCCAACUCUUUAAAUCCCAAGAAUCGAAGACCAAGAAAACAACCUCCAGUACAUUUUUGUUAGAGAGGAUGAUGGUUCUAAUAUAUUGGACGAGCUGUAUGGUUCAUGUGAA